AUGAACGAUAACGAUAAUGACUCUACCUAUGGGUUGGAGGGAGACAGUCCCCCCCUUCACAUUGUGGACGGUGAGGAGGACGAUGUCAACAACAUGUCGGAAGUCUCCAUGAAUCUGAGUUUUCUCAUGGAAGAGGCUUCCUCUCCGUACAAGAGCAGCAAGGGGCAAGGAACCGCGGAAGUACAACACCAAGAGACUGUCACGGAAGGACACGAAGAAGAAGAAGACAAUGAGCAAGAAGGAGAAAAACUAGAAGACGAGCAAGAACAAGACGACAACUACGAAGCAGAUGAACCGCCUACUGAGAACUCAACAAUGAUACGAGUUGCUCUCCAGCCACGUCAAUCCAGAGACUCCUUUAGUGAUCAAGAUAGCUUUAUGGAGCAAGGUAGUGCCAGGGACACAGGGGGAGACCCCUUAUUGGGGUGCCACAAUGAUCCCAGGGAUCUUACUUCCGAUGCUCCCAUGGCAGAUGUGGAUCUUGAUAAGGAUACUAGUGGCAAAAAAGGAGAUUACGAAGAGGAAGAAGACGAGGAAAGCAAAAACCAGGAUUCCGAAAUGAGUGAUUCCCAACAGGACGAACCAUCCACCGUCGACAUGGCAGAAGCAAAGGAAAAGCAAGUCAGAAGCUCUCUCCUCUUUGCUAUUUUGUCCGCUUGUGGAUUACUCCUCUGCAUGAAAUUAAUUUCCAAGUUGUGUCAAAAAUGCAUGGGAAACGGGGAUGACCCACCUGGGGCGAACGAACUGGCCCAGGAAGCAGCGGAAGCUGCCGCGGAUGAAGUGGUAGGGAAUGCCAGAAAUGCCAUGAUCCUACAAACACAACAACAAUCCAUUGCCAAUUUGGCAAAUCCAACCUUUUUGGCACUCGAAGGGACCACACAGAACAUGGCCACAUCAGCUGCUCAAGGGGCGGCUAGCUCCACUGCUGCAGGAGGGUCCGCCGCUGCGGGGGCUGGCACCACAGCAGCCACAGGGAUUGUGGGACAGGCACUGGCCGGUGUGGCAUCUGCCUCACUCACCUCACAGCUAGCAGUGGCUGUUGGAGCUGCUGCCAUUGUCACUGCCACUGCGGUUUCCACUGGAAUGGUCAUGAUGAGUGCCAUGGAAGAAACCAAUACUACUACUAUUAUUGUGACCAUCAAUGGAACCAAUCUCAUCAACGACACAAUCCUUGAUGAUCAUGGCACCAGUGCUUCUACAGCUGGGCUUGGGCUUGAUCUCGGUAACAACGGCACACCUAGUGGUAUCGACAAUGUCCUUGGGUCUGAGUUCACUGUCCCUGCAACCAGCGCCCCCACCUUCUCAAACCAGACUGGAGGAGUGGUCCCUGUUGAAAAUGGAUUUCCCCUUGAUGAUGUUGUCAUUAACUUGAAUGAAUCUGCCUACAGCUGGUCAAUGUCUGUGUGUCCUGGCUUUGAAGAAGUCACAGAACUAAAAGAAGGCAUCACGAACUUGGUUCUUCAGGGCCUCCCUCUGGGAUUUGUAGAAGCCAACCAAGCCCGACUCGAAGAACUAUUCAAGCUCAGCUACAAUGCUCUCUCAGGCAUGUGCAGUGGAGAGUUCCUACGUGUGGCCCACAACGUUGUAUUGACAGAAAUCAAUAGUGUUCAGGCUGGACCAGCCAUGCUCUUUACGUACACAAGAUGGAAGAUUACCAUGACUUGUGUGGGAUGUCCUGAUCAGAAUUGCUUGUUUGGUGGUUCAACUGGACCCAGUGAAGUCACAAUGGAGAAGAACGGUGUCGGCAAGACACGUUCUCUGCAAAGUGGCAUCUCAUUGCUCUCCAACAACCGUUUGUAUUCUGACUUUGUCGAGGCCUUUAUCUUUGAAAUUGAAGAAAAGUUACCAAUUGUACCUGAACAAGGACAAGGUCCAGACCGAGGUGUGGAACAAACUGUUCGACUGUUUUAUGGUUCUGUUGUGGAUCCUAAUGAUGAGGACAACAUUGUUGCAGAGACCAGUGUAAAUACAGAGACUGCAGUCAUCGUAACAGCAGCCUCGGGGGCCCCGUCUUCAGCGCCUAUUGGAAGCUAUUUUACUGCUUAUACCGCGGCACCCACAGAGCCCCCCACACUGUCCACCCAGCCCUCAAAUGCUCCUUCGGAUGCCCCAAGCAAGUCGCAAGAGCCAACUACAGCACCUUCCUUGGGUCCAAGCGAAAGCAGUGAUGCCCCAGCAGCAGCUGUGCCAAUUGCAGCAUCAGCGACUGCUGCAAUGCCCACAGAAACGACUGAUUCAAAAGGUGGUAGUGGUGCACCAACUGGAACAGGUGCUGCUGCCAAUGCAUCCCCAACAACACAGGAUCCGACCCCAUCUGCCCCAACAACUGCAGAACCUACUCCAUCUGCCCCAACAACUCAAGAGCCAACCCCAUCUACCCCAACAACUGCAGAACCUACAACCCAGGCACCAUCGAAAGAUACACAGCCAGGAGCAUCCGCAUCAAGGCAAACUGGUUCACCUGAGAGCACAAAUAGCCAAGCUCCAGCCUCUGCCAUCUCUACCACUUUCAGCCCAACAACUGCUGGCUUCACACCUGACGCCCAAACAACUGUUAGCCCCACUCCUAGCUCUACUCCUGAUGCCACAAUAACCGUGGGCCCAACAACCGUGGGCCCAACUCCUGACGCCCCAACUGCGGGUGGCCCAACCAGUGCAGGUCCCAGCACGAGCAAUCCCACAACCACCAGCCCCACCACUAUUGGACCAAGUACAGUAAGCCCCACUACUGGGUCACCCACAGGAACUCCUUCCACAGGAAGUCCCACGACCUUGAGCCCAACCGUGACUGAGGGAAGUCCCAGCGCAAGUCCAACAACUUUGAAUCCAUCUGUAGCACCAACACCAUCUCCAACAUCACCCCCCACGCGAGCACCAACUGGCCAACCCACUCCAGCUCCUACAGGACAGCCUACACCCUCUCCUACAGCAGCCCCCACAUCUAGGCCAACCAACCAACCCACCCCACAGCCAACAUCAGCCCCCACACCACCGCCAACAGGCCAACCAACAAAAGGUCCAACUAAUCCACCAACUUCAGCACCAACCACAGGAACACCAUCAGUAUCAGCAGGACGGCCCAGUAGUAGUCCCACAACAUCUUCUCCAUCAACGCAAGUUCCAACUGCUGCCCCAACUUGUGGCUAUACAUCCGUCACCAACACGUACUAUAUGGGGUUCACGAAUGACAUCUCUUCUGUCCAAGCUGAUAUCUUGACUUCAAAUUUUGUAAGGGCUAAUGAUUUUGUAGCAGAAAAUACAUGUGCAGCAAUUGUGACCAAUGUGAACAUAACACAGAAGAUUGGCUUUCAAGUUGGAAAUGAUAACUUUCAUCUGGAACUUUCUGUAACGGUGGAUGAGACAAGUGCUAAUCCCUUCCUGGGGAGUGCCACACAAAGGGCUGACUUUGUUACUGCCUUUUCUAGCCUAACUGGAACUUCAGGCAUGUAUAUCAGUGAGACACUCAUGACUGGAAGCCCAACUACAAUCAGCCCAACAACAGCAAGUCCCACAGUCACUCCUGGUAUUCCCUCAACUACUCCCACAACAGCCAGCCCAUCAACGGCCAACCCGACACUGGGGCGCCCUCAACUGCGACGCCUUCAACUGCUGCACCCACUACAGGAAGCCCAACAACUCUUGGCCCAACGGUGA